AUGCUGAAGAACAACGGCAACUACGAGAGAGAUAUUCAACAAAGAUGCGCUAAGGUCGUUUCUGCAUUUAACUCCUCAAUGAAGUGUCUGUGGUCGAUUCCCUUCACCAACGAAGUCAAGCUGCGAUUCCACUUUCUAAUUUGCUCCGUCAUAACGUUCGGAUCGGAUACUUGGGAAGCACCGUCUACGGUCAUGAAGCGAGUGGAUUGCAUGGAAGGGAAGCAAGUUAUACGACUGCCUCGCUACUUUUGGCCUAGGAUGUCCAUCGAAUUGAAGAAAUCUACUAAUUCCGAAAAGACACGCCUUAUCACCGGCCGAGCCACACAUAGGCCAGGACAGGAGCCAAUGAUAGCUAUCGCAUUGUCAGACAUGGAAUAUGUGAUGAGGACAGCAAGAUCAGCACGUUGCUCGACUAGAGAUCGUGAACCUGGCUGCACAUGCUGCUGUCAUCUGAAGUCGGCCGUUAGUAUUUCACCACGCACAGCUCAUUUUAGUGCCGAAGGAGGUCUCAGCAUGCAUAAUAUCACAAAUAUGAGCAAAACCCGACUGGCCAUCAAAAUCACCUGCUCAGAUAAUUCGCUCUAUCGCGUCACACCCGUUUAUGCAAUUGUUGAACCAGAGGAGGUUAUAGUUUUGAAUAUAGGCAGAAUUGAAGGUGUGGCGAAAAAAGACCGGCUUGGAAUUUUGAUGAUUGACUAUAGUGGUACGGGGAACGCUAAAGACGCCUUUAAGCGAUCAGAUUUAAGACCAGCUACAAUUAACAUCCCACUUCUGGUCAAGGAAAGUUGA